AUUUUUAAUAAUUCAGCAAAAAUUAUAUUCUUUUUUAUCUUAAUAACAGGAACCCUAAUUACCGUCUCAUCUAAUUCUUGAUUAGGUGCCUGAAUAGGGCUAGAAAUUAAUUUGUUAUCAUUUAUCCCCCUAAUAAAUAGUAAUAACUUAACAUCUACAGAAGCCUCAUUAAAAUACUUUUUAACUCAAGCCAUAGCAUCAGCAGUACUACUGUUUGCUAUUAUAUUAAUAUACUUGAAUAAUUACCCAAUUACCCAAGACAAUUCUUCUUACAGUAAUUUAAUUAUUAUUUCUUCACUACUAUUAAAAAGAGGAGCAGCACCGUUUCAUUUUUGAUUCCCUAAUGUUAUAGAGGGACUCUCUUGAAUAAACGCCCUUACUUUAAUAACAUGACAAAAAAUUGCCCCUCUAAUACUAAUCUCUUACACAACACAAAACACCUUUAUUUUUGUAGCAAUUAUUGCCUCAACUAUCACAGGAUCGUUAGGAGGGCUCAAUCAAACAUCUCUGCGAAAAUUAAUAGCCUUUUCAUCAAUCAACCACUUAGGAUGAAUACUAGCAGCUAUACAAGCGAAUGAAUCAAUAUGGUGUAUUUACUUUUCUUUUUAUACAUUUUUAUCAUUCAGCUUAACCUUUAUAUUCAACAAUUUUAAGAUAUUCCAUAUUAACCAACUAUUUAAUUCAUUCUUCAAUUCUAAAAUCCUUAAGUUCAUUUUAUUUUUAAACCUACUUUCACUGGGUGGACUGCCCCCAUUUAUCGGAUUUUUACCUAAGUGGCUAGUGAUUCAACUUUUAGUACUAAAAAGUCAAUAUAUGUUAAUAACGAUUAUAACAGUUAUAACACUAAUUACCUUAUUUUUUUAUCUACGACUAUGUUUCGCGGCAUUUAUGCUUAAUUAUUAUGAAAAUAAUUGAACUAUUGAUAUAGUUAUCAACAAUAUUUCUUUUAAAUUAAUACUAGUCCUAUCGUUUAUCUCCACAUUUAGUCUAAUCUUAGUUUCUACGGUUUAUUUAUUCUUAUAA